UAUGGGUAAUCAAUGGUUUCUCUACUUUCUUUUGUUCACUUUAGAAAACAAUGGAGAGGAAAUUGAAUACAUCUUGUAUUCAAACGCCACUCACAUUUCCUAUGUUUCUAUUGAUGGUGGAAAAUCUAAAGCCUUGGUGAAGACACCAAGCGCGACCCUUGGUUACGACGAACUGAACUACCGCCUUUGGUAUUAUAAGGACGGUGAGAAACUUUACAACUCAAAUUUGGAUGGGAGUGAUUUAAAAAAUGUUUCGGUUCCAUCAAAUUUCGGUCCCUUUGCUGUUGAUGCAGUUAAUCAAAGUAUCUAUUAUCUCACCAAGACUGAUUUUAACCUUAAAUUGAUUGACUAUGAUGGGAACGACUUACCAGAUAUUGGUGUGUCACCAGACAAUGAUUUCAGGGAUUUACAAAUCGACGCUUAUAACAGAACAAUAUUUUUCACCACUGAUGUUACAAACAAUCGAAAUCUCAUCCGGUACAGUCUUGCUGAUGGAACUGAUCAAACUCUUCACUCUGGUGUCACUCAAAUAGGCACUCACCUUGCGCUUGAUACCGUGAAUAAAACCAUAUACUGGAUUCUAUUUACUUCUGAGACAAAUUACAAGAUAUUAAAAACAACGUACGAUGGUCAGACUUCACAGAUAGGAACAGAUCAAUCAGGAAGUAUUACAACUGUGGACAUUGCAGAUGGGAAUGGAUAUUAUUAUAUCCUCGAUACAACAACAUCAAAGAUUUAUAAAUAUGAUAAAUUGACAGAUACAGUGGCUGCUACGAUUUCACUUUUAACUGAAGCAACACGAAUGGUUGUUGUGUGUGAUAGGGACCACUGUUCUUUGAAUAAUACCUGUCCUGCGAACUCGACAUGUACGAACUCUCCUGGCACCAUUGUAUGUUCAUGUGACACUGGAUUCACUGGAAAUCAGACGUAUUGCCAAGGUAUACGUUAUUUUGGAGAUGAAUUAAAAAAUCAUACACAAUUCAUAUCUGAAAAAAAAUCCAAGAAAAAUUGCUUUAAUUUAUCGAAGAAAAAAACUGAGAAAAAUUCAGUAUGA